CUAUAUAAACUGUACAGAUAUUCAGCAACUUUAAUCUAUUAAAAAUUCUGAUGGAUAGUUUCCGAUUGAUGCCGGAAGGUUGUAUAUCGAAAAUUCUCUCCUUAACAUCACCGAAAGAUGCUGCUCAGUCUUCAGCUGUCUCGCAAACAUUCAUGUCUGCGGCAGAAUCUGAUGUUGUCUGGGAGUCAUUUUUGCCCUCUGAUUACGAAGAUAUUGUCUCUACAUCAGACUCUCCAAUGGAUUUUCCUUCGAAGAAACAACUUUACUUCAGCCUCUGUAACUCUCCGAUUCUUCUUGAUGGAGGCAAAUUGAGUUUUUCGCUGGACAAGAAGACGGGGAAGAAAUGUUUUAUGGUCGCAGCAAGAGAACUUGGUAUUACAUGGGGUAAUACACCAGCGUAUUGGGAAUGGUUAUCUCACCUGAACUCGAGAUUCUCCGAAGUGGCUAAACUUAAACGCGUCUGUUGGCUUGAUAUCCGGGGCAAAAUUAAAACUCGAGUGUUGUCGAAAAGAACUGAGUAUUUUGCUUAUCUAGUGUUCAAAUUUGGAGAUAGUUUUUAUGGCCUUGGAAGUGUUAAUUCAGUUGUUAGAUUUGUUGAUUCUGAGAGUGACAAUGAAGCAGAACGACGAGCAAAUGUUGUCAGUUUUGUAGGACAAGGACCUAGAUCGAUGCUACCCAUGGAAAGAGAUGAUGGAUGGUUGGAAUUAAAAUUGGGAAACUUUUUCAACGAUACGGGAGAAGACGGGGAUGUUGAAGCGCGAUUGAUGGAGAUUCAGUAUCUCCGUUGGAAACACGGCCUCAUUGUUCAAGGAAUUGAGUUUCGUCCAGAAUGAAUAAGAGAAAGAUCCCCUUCUUCUUUGCCUUUAGUUAUACGGUCCUUCCUGAGGAACAUAUCGAGAUAGAACUGUAUCUGGUUAGAUAAUGUGUGGUUGAUAAGCAUGGAAUGUGUAAUGAAAUAUUCAAAAGAUUUUCUAGAUGAACAACUAUUUGUACCACCUUAAGCUGCCAAUGUGAUUGUUCGAUAUAAUGCUCAAACUUUA